AUUUGAAGCACAAAAUCAAAAAUAAACACAAAAAUUGAAAACAAAUCCCAGAAAAAAGUUUUUGCCAUAAAAUCACUCUUUGAUUGUCUCUAUCAGUGAAUCCGUCGACAACUCUGCGGUCACCCGAAGAAGAAGAAGAAGUGCUGAAAGAUGUGCGAAAACUGUGCGGAACUGUCUCUGGAGAUGAAUGGCCUGAGAGAGCAAAGCAAUCAACUCAUUAAAGAGCUUCUCAUCACUAAACAAGUGGUGAAAUCUCUGGAGCGGAUCAAGUGCUUCGCCAUCGUCUUGAAGACCAACUGUCGCUGCGAUCACAACAAGUGUCUCAUCCGUCGCAAUGAGAUCCUCUUCACUAACUAUCGCCACACGUGUCAACUCCUGGCAGACGUCACCUCCGAUGAGGCCAUCAUUGACACCAUUAUCAACACCGCGUCCGCCGCCACCGAAGACCAUCACUUGGACGCCGACGGCCAGCAAACCAUCGUGGAAUCGCUGUCCGAACUGUCAUCGAUGGCGGAACCGGUUGUCGGCCAACAGUUGGUGAUUAUCAAGUCGUCGUCGAAAAAGUCGCCCCAAUUGGCGAAGAAGUCGCAGACGAGUGGCCAGACAUUGAUGACCGACAAGUCGGCGGUCAUUGUCUGCGCCACUGGUUUCCAGUGCGGACACGAGGGCUGCGACUUUGAGUGUCGGCGCAGAAACACUAUCGACAAACACGUGCGGACUCACUGUCAGUUGGGCGGCGGCGACGCCACUGACGCCGACAACCGGCCCUUCAAGUGUGACGUCAACCUCUGCCGCAACGCCUUCCGAUCCAAAGAGCAUUUGCGUCAACACAAGCUGUCACUGCAUCCGGAAGUGUUGCCUUCGGUGAAGUGGAUUGAGUGCACGACUCCCGGCUGUGACUAUCGGACCAAAUCGAGUAACGUAUUCUUCAAACACAAGCGCCGCCACACUCUGCCCUUCGCCUGUCAUCUGUGCGACCGUCGGUUCGCGACACCCAAACCGCUCGAAGUGCACGUCCGGCUCCACUCCGGCCUCAAAGAGCACGUGUGUCCGCACUGUUCAAAAGCUUACGGCCCCCGCAAGAGCCUCAUGGCUCAUAUGCAGCGCUCCCACUCCGACUCUGUCUACGUGUGCGAAGUCGACGACUGCGGCAAACAGUUCGCGUCGGAGCCGCAGCUCCGACAGCAUCGGCUUCGCGUUCACGACACCACUUACGUCCGGCCCGUGGCCUGCAUUUGGGUCGGCUGUGACCGCAGGUUCGAGACCAACAGCCAAAUGGAGGACCACCUGAACAAACACACCGGCGAGCGGUUCCAUAAGUGCCAGCAGUGCGGCCACUCGUUCACCACAAAAGCCGAUCUCUACUCUCACGUCUCGAACCAACAUAAGGACCGGCCGUUUGCCUGCGAGUGGACUGACUGUAAAUAUAGGGCCGCUUUCAUGAGCCGAUUGAGAACUCAUCAAAAAAGACAUUUAAUGGCCAAAUGA